AUGCAGCGCCGACGAGCAUGGUGCAUGCUCUUCCUCUUCUUGCAGCACGCCGUGGCAACCACGGACCUCUGCUUGCUCGUCAGCACGUGCCUCGCCAACGGUCUCGGGCCCUGCACCGUCGCGCCGUGCCCACCUUGCUUGCACCUGACGCCGAGCGGCGCGUUCGCCUGCUACGCCAAGAUCGGCCAAGACCAGUGCCCGCUGCCCGACGCCCACGUCGACUGCACGCACAGCGACGGCGGGCUGUUUCGACGCCAGAACAACGCCACGGCGCACCUCGACGGAGCGACGACGGCGCCACCGAACAUGACGACGAAGCCAUCGAACGCAACGACGCUGCGCCCGAACGCGACAAGUGCGAUCUCGACGACGUUGCCUCCACGGUCCAACGAAACAUCGGCCGCUGCGUCGAGCACCAAGCCGUUUACAGCAACCAACUUUAUCCUCUUUGGCGCCCUCGCGGUUGUGAUCGUCAUUGGCGUCAUCUAUGCCGUCACCAUGCGCCACCAUCGGCGGCGAACCAAGCGCCAGCCGCCGCUGCAUCGUCGCAACCACCCCACCAACACGUCGUUCGUCGUGCCCCACGGCGGCAAGGGCGAGAGCAUCCCGGUGCUUGAGACGUUGACGGGCCGGCGGCAGCUGCAAGUGCUCGAUUCGACCGAGGCUUUCUCUAUCUACACACUGCGCAACCUUCCGGAUGCGUCCGACGACUCGAUUGACAACUACGUGCUGGAAGACAAGACGUCGUUUGGUGACGCCCGGGAUACGCAAAUGACUAUCAACAGCCUCAUGGACAGCUCGUACCAGCUGCCCAAGCACACCAAGGCGCCGACGCCGCCGUCGUCGUUUCACCGUAUGCCCGACAAGGAAAACGAGUUUUAGCGCGCCCAUAGACCUAUUUAACCGUCGUGCUCUGUUCAGUCUGUAUGUG